AUGAUGUACUUCAUCAUUUUGUCAUAGGACUUCAUUCACUUAAAGGAGAGCUAAAGACUGCAUCAAUGGAGCACAUUCAGGGAGCUUGGAAGACUAUCAGUAACGGUUUUGGAUUCAAGGAUUCUGUCUUUGAUGGCCCAAACUGUAUUUCGCCUACUAUCGUCCAGCAGUUUGGUUAUCAACGCCGAGCAUCUGAUGAUGGCAAAAUAUCAGAUACUUCUAAAACUAGUAAUACCAUUCGGGUUUUCUUGCCCAACAAGCAACGCACAGUGGUAAAUGUGCGAAAUGGGAUGACCUUACAUGAUUGUCUUAUGAAGGCACUUAAAGUAAGAGGUCUGCAGCCAGAAUGCUGUGCAGUUUUUCGACUUGUUUCUGAACCAAAAGGUAAAAAAGUGCGUUUGGAUUGGAAUACUGAUGCAGCCUCCUUGAUUGGUGAGGAAUUACAAGUGGACUUUCUUGAUCAUGUUCCACUCACUACACACAACUUUGCUCGGAAGACAUUUCUAAAGCUUGCUUUCUGUGACAUCUGCCAGAAGUUCCUCCUAAAUGGGUUUCGGUGUCAGACAUGCGGUUAUAAAUUCCAUGAACACUGCAGCACUAAAGUUCCAACCAUGUGUGUCGACUGGAGCAAUAUCAGGCAACUCUUUUCCCAGCACAGGUAUUCCACACCUCAUGCCUUUACAUUCAACCCAUCAAAUCCUUCCAACGAGGGCUCCCUCUCCCAGAGGCAGCGAUCUACAUCCACCCCAAAUGUCCAUAUGGUUAGCACUACAAUGCCUGUAGACAGCCGGAUAAUUGAGAAUAACAGCCUGAAUGCUUCUCCCAGUUCCUGGUGCAGACGAUUUUGUUUGAGGGGAAGAGAUGCAAUUCGAAGCCAUAGUGAAUCAGCUUCACCCUCUGCUCUGUCUGGAAGUCCUAACAAUAUGAGCCCAACUGGCUGGUCUCAGCCCAAAACCCCAGUCCCAGCCCAAAGAGAGAGAGCCCCUGGAUCUAAUACACAAGAAAAAAACAAAAUUAGGCCUCGUGGACAAAGAGAUUCCAGUUAUUACUGGGAAAUAGAAGCAAGUGAAGUCAUGCUUUCUACAAGAAUAGGGUCAGGUUCGUUUGGAACUGUUUACAAAGGCAAAUGGCAUGGGGAUGUAGCCGUGAAGAUACUAAAGGUUGUAGAUCCAACCCCAGAACAGUUCCAGGCUUUCAGAAACGAAGUGGCUGUAUUAAGGAAGACUCGGCAUGUUAAUAUUUUGCUCUUUAUGGGCUACAUGACUAAAGAUAACCUGGCCAUUGUUACACAGUGGUGUGAAGGAAGCAGUCUGUAUAAACACCUGCAUGUUCAAGAGACCAAGUUCCAAAUGUUCCAGCUCAUUGAUAUUGCUCGGCAGACAGCACAGGGAAUGGACUACCUACAUGCGAAGAAUAUCAUCCACAGAGACAUGAAGUCCAAUAAUAUAUUUCUUCAUGAAGGCCUCACAGUGAAAAUAGGAGACUUUGGUCUGGCAACUGUAAAAUCCAGGUGGAGUGGAUCACAACAGGUGGAACAACCCACUGGUUCAAUCUUGUGGAUGGCACCAGAAGUGAUACGGAUGCAGGACAGUAACCCGUUUAGUUUCCAGUCAGACGUCUACUCCUAUGGAAUAGUGUUAUAUGAACUAAUGACAGGAGAGUUGCCGUACUCCCACAUAAACAACCGAGAUCAGAUUAUUUUCAUGGUUGGCCGAGGGUAUGCUUCUCCAGACCUCAGUAAAUUGUAUAAGAACUGCCCCAAAGCAAUGAAGAGGCUUGUAGCAGAUUGUUUGAAGAAGGUUAGGGAAGAAAGACCCUUGUUUCCACAAAUACUGUCUUCCAUCGAAUUGUUGCAACAUUCUUUACCCAAAAUCAACCGGAGUGCUUCUGAACCAUCUCUGCAUCGUGCAGCGCAUACAGAGGACAUAAAUUCGUGCACAUUAACAUCCACAAGACUACCCGUUUUUUAGGAUCGUGCUCCCCUUCCCUUGUUCUCUCCAGUGAUGGGAAAGAAACAGAAGUAACAGAAGUUGUGCUUUUAAUGCCUCGGUGUACAGGAUCAGUGCCAGCAGGAUUAUCCGCAUCCCAGUUUUAAGAGCAAGCUGCUAAGGAUGUCUGCAGUUCUUAUCCUGCAGGGACACGGCUCCACAUUGCCUUUUUCUACAGUUUCUUUUACUGGGAUAGUUAACAGACUAUAAAUCAAGAGGUCUAUUACUAUUUUUUUAAUAGAUGCACUUGAGCCUUAUUUUUCCCAUACACAGAAGAGAUGGAUGUUUCUUCGGCAGUGUUUCUGGAUUGAUUUAAAUCUGCUGAUAAAUUGGUAUUUUUUACAGCAAGGAUGGCUCGACUUGGAAUUUGAGGAAAGAUAAUGUGUUUUGGUGCUCUUUGAUUGCCCCAGGCCAUCUACCACUUUAAGGCGGGGGAGUUUUGCUGGAAAUGGGUAUCUGCAAACAAGACUGAGGGAAGAGGAAAAAAAAAAAAAAAAAAAACUUUGUGGAAAUCAGCUCCUGCCUAAGAGCUUUCAUCAAGCCAAUGAAAUAAGUUAAAAUGCUAAUUCAACACGAAAUAGUUUUGCAAUAGUUUUGCACAUAGAAGACAAACUCUUGCAAAGGAAUGGAGUAUAUUCUAAACUGUACUGCUCAGAGAAGGAAGCUAGCCAGUCUUGCUAUGGUCAUCUUCAGUAACUUAAGCAGCUUAUUUUGGUACUAUUGACUUGUUUCUUGCAGCCCAAUGAGGUGGUAAGUGCAGAAAGACAGGCUUUUGUGGCUGAUAAAAGGCUAAUUAACAGUAUCAGUAUACUUCUGCGAAAUGAGCAUAGUUUUCAUCCCAUCUGAAGCUGUCAGAGAUGCACUAUCAAGAGGAAACUGAGCAUACACAGUUUUUCUUGCUGAUUUGGGUUUUAAUUUUGUUUUUAUUGCUCCUGAGAAAAUGCAUUUAUUGUAAGCCAAGGUUCCUCUGAUUAUCUUAUUUUAAUAAAAUAAAUUAAAUUUUA